GCUGAAUAAAUACAGUAGCCAGUUGGUCAGGCAGUUGUCGUGGUCUAAGCCAGAUCUUUUCUUCUUUCCCCAUCUCUUUCUUUUCGCCACACUUCAAGGGUGCCUCCAUUUAGCCUGUUGUACUUUCAGCAAGAGAAAGAGUCAAGAUGCCUCAUGCUUAUCCAUUCUUGGCCCCUGAGCAGAAGAAGGAGCUGAGCGAUAUCGCUCAGAGGAUUGUUGCUCCCGGCAAAGGAAUUCUUGCAGCUGAUGAAUCCACAGGUAGCGUGGCUAAGCGCUUCCAAAGCAUCAAUGCUGAAAACACAGAGGAGAACAGAAGGCUAUACCGCCAGUUACUGUUCACGGCUGAUGACAUCAUAAAGCCCUGCAUUGGUGGAGUCAUCCUUUUCCAUGAAACGCUCUAUCAGAAUACAGAUGAUGGCAAGCCUUUCUCUCAGCUCAUUAAAGAGGGCAUGGUGGUAGGAAUCAAGGUGGACAAGGGUGUAGUACCACUGGCUGGCACCAACGGAGAGACAACCACACAGGGUCUGGAUGGGCUGUACGAACGUUGUGCUCAGUAUAAAAAAGAUGGUGCUGACUUUGCUAAGUGGCGUUGCGUGUUAAAGAUCACUCCCACAACCCCGUCCCACCUUGCCAUUAUCGAGAAUGCCAAUGUGCUUGCCCGCUACGCCAGCAUCUGCCAGAUGCAUGGUAUUGUGCCCAUUGUGGAGCCUGAGAUAUUGCCUGAUGGUGACCACGAUCUGAAGAGAUGCCAGUAUGUGACUGAGAAGGUUCUGGCAGCUGUGUACAAGGCACUAUCAGACCACCACGUCUACCUGGAGGGAACCCUGCUAAAACCUAACAUGGUGACUGCAGGUCACUCUUGCUCCCACAAAUACUCCCCUCAGGAAAUUGCAAUGUCAACAGUCACCGCCCUGCGCCGCACUGUUCCCCCUGCUGUCCCUGGCAUCACCUUCCUGUCCGGUGGCCAGAGUGAGGAGGAGGCCACAAUCAACCUGAACGCCAUGAACCAAUGUCCCCUACACAAACCCUGGGCUCUCACCUUCUCUUAUGGCCGUGCCCUUCAGGCCUCUGCGCUGAAAGCCUGGGGGGGCAAGAAAGAGAAUGGCAAGGCCUGCCAGGAUGAAUUUGUCAAGAGAGCCGUGAAUAACAGUGCAGCAGCCAUUGGUAAAUAUGUCUCCUCUGGAGACACAGGAGCUGCCGGAGGAGAGUCUCUGUUUGUGGCCAACCAUGCUUAUUAAAGAUGCACACCUAGAUUCCCCACUGGCUCUCACACUGCAUUUCCCUCAUCUGUCUGUGCCCUCAUGUACACCAAGGCACUAUUUGUGUCAUGAGAGAGAAAGUACAAUGCUCAAAACACUUGUAGUUUGGAUUGUUUUUUUGUAGUUGUUUUUUUCCACAUGAUAUGAUAUUUUAUUUAUCAGACAGAAAAAUAAAGGACUCAACCAACA